AGGCCAAGCCGUCCGAAAACUACAUUUCCCUCGAGACUUUGCGAGCUGUAGUUUGACAACCAGCCAAUCCGUGCCAUGACAGGCCGGCACGUGACCUAGAGUGAGUUCCUGUUGUAGCUUGAGGGAAACAGGCCGACUUUCAGCCACGGGAGAAUCGCAAUUUGCGGCCUGUGGAAACUCCCUCCCUCAGCAAUGGCUUCACCUGUUUCAGUGUACAACAUCUUAGAGUCACACACGCCCCCUACCCGCAAAGAGUCUCUGAAGAUGGAAUUGUUAUCUGACGUGUCCCUGCUGCCUGGAGAGGAAAGGAUUACUGAUAAAGACAUAAUCUACAUCUGUCCGUUCAGUGGAGCCGUGAAAGGCAAAGUGUUGAUCACCAACUUCAGACUUUACUUCAAGAGCUCAGAUGCUGAUGUGACGGUGACGCUGGACGUUCCAUUGGGUGCCAUCAGUCGAGUGGAGAAGAUGGGUGGGGCGUCAAGCAGGGGAGAAAACUCCUACGGCCUGGAUAUUACUUGCAAGGACAUGAGGAAUUUGAGGUUUGCCCUGAAGCAGGAAGGCCACAGCAGAAGAGAUAUUUUUGAGGUUCUCUUCAGAUACGCCUUUCCUCUGUCACACGGUCUGCCUCUUUUUGCGUAUUUGAGUCAAGAGAAGUAUGCUGAGACUGGCUGGACCAUCUACAAACCUGUAGAGGAGUUCAGACGGCAGGGUUUACCCAACAACAAGUGGCGUAUAUCAUUCAUCAAUAAGAGCUAUGAUCUGUGUGACACCUACCCCACUGUGCUGGCCGUACCCUACAAGAGUAAAGAGGAGGACCUCCGAAAAGUGGCUGCCUUCCGGUCAAGAGGACGAAUACCGGUCCUGUCAUGGAUCCACAGAGAGAACCAAGCAGUGAUCGUCCGCUGCAGUCAGCCUCUCGUUGGCAUGUCUGGUAAAAGGAACAAGGACGAUGAACGCUACCUGGAGCUGAUUAGGGAGGCAAAUGAUACCACCAAGCUCACCAUAUACGACGCUCGUCCCAAUGUCAACGCAGUUGCCAACAAGGCCACCGGAGGAGGCUACGAGGGUGAUGAGUACCAAAAUGCAGAGCUCAUCUUCUUGGACAUCCAGAAUAUCCACGUCAUGAGGGAAUCCCAGAAGAAACUCAAAGAUAUCGUCUACCCCAGCGUGGAGGAAUCCCACUGGCUGUCCAGCCUAGAGUCUACACACUGGUUGGAACAUGUCAAGCUGGUGUUGUCAGGAGCCAUCCAAGUUGCAGACAAAGUGUCCAGUGGGAACUCAGUAGUAGUUCACUGUAGUGACGGCUGGGACCGAACUGCACAGCUCACCUCUCUGGCUAUGCUGAUGCUGGACAGCCACUAUCGCACUCUCAGAGGAUUCCAGGUUUUGAUUGAAAAGGAAUGGAUCAGCUUCGGCCACAAAUUUGCCUCAAGGAUAGGACAUGGUGACAAAAACCAUGCCGAUCAGGACCGAUCACCCAUCUUUGUUCAGUUCAUCGACUGUGUGUGGCAGAUGACUAAACAGUUCCCUACGGCCUUCGAGUUUAACGAGCAUCUCCUGCUGACGAUCCUGGAUCACCUCUACAGCUGUCGCUUCGGGACCUUCCUGUACAACUGCGAGAGCGUACGAGACCAGCAUGAGGUGAGGUCCAAGACGGUGUCUCUGUGGUCUCUGGUCAACAGCAAGGUGGAUAUGUAUUUAAACCCCUUCUACACCCCAGAAUCUGGCAGGGUUCUCUACCCUGUUGCCAGCAUGCGCCACCUAGAGCUCUGGGUAGCGUACUACAUCCGCUGGAACCCACGCAUACGACAGCAGCAGCAGAGUCCAGUGGAGCAGCGCUACAAGGAGCUGCUGGCCCUCAGAGACGAAUACUUGAAGAAGCUGGAGCAGCUGCAGCUGUCCGACUCGUCCACUUCCUCUCAUCUGGCUAACAGCCCCACCCCCAACACCACCUCCUCCUCCACCUCCACCCCAUCACAGCAAUACACACACCUACAGACUCCUCUCUGAGGGCUGGUGACGCACUCGCGCAUGCACAGAUAUCAGAAAUACUUGCUAACUUGCACUUACACCUUCUUCAGUUUGAUUUGUGUCUUGCACAUGCAGGGAAUUAAUUAGUUUUGUGCAGCCCUAACUGUUGAACAACAGAAAAUUGCGAAUAGGUUUUAGAUUUGAUGGCGCUAGUGUUGUCUAACUCUAAUACCACGUGAUGGUGAUUUAUGCAAUAUGUCACAGUACAGCCUUGUCUCGAGACUUUUCUAAACACACUUUUCAGACAGUGAAGCCUUAAACACACUGAGCAGCUUUCAGUCCAAGGGCUCGAACACACACACACACACACACACAGGACACACACCGUUGUGUUCAUUCAGGCAGAUGAGCAGAGCUGAAGUUCAGUUUUAUCCUGUCGUGAUUACACAAGAAAUUUUACCUCAGGUCUUCUUAGGAGAGUUUAAUGAGCUCCAGCCACACCCAGUUUACAGAGGUCAGCAUGCAGGGCAAAAUAAAUGAAUCAAGGUAAAGACAGGUUGCAGGUUGCAGGCGUAGCCAAAGACUAAGCUGUCACGAGUCAAGGUCGGUUGAGCAAAAUCAGGAGACUUCCUGUUUGUUCGAUUCGGGUUUAGCGUCAGAAAUAAACUGAUGUGCAUUUGACAGAGAGACGUGAGAAAGCUGCUGUCUGUCAGCUGGCUCCUGCCUGCGUCACAGCUGUUUGUGUCCUGUACCAACAAACAACAACACUUUUUACACUUCCUGCUGCUGAGUUCUCUAUCCUGAAGGCGUACGGUGAUCCGAAGCGCAGCAGACCUAGAGUUCUCAAGUGGACGGCGGUUUAAUUUCCAGCUACAUGUAAAUAUUGCGUCUCGUUUUGGGGCAUUUGGGGUUUUUUAAUAGCUAAGGAGGAAAUCUGGAGCCACGUAUGUUUGCCACUGCUAUAUGCUACAUCACUGAAAGCAAAUGCAGUUCUAGCCAAUGACUUUGGUUGGAAUUAAUUAGCAUGAUACAGGAUAUAUUUCAGGUGCUCGAGAGAGUAAAGGAAAGUCACGUGGUGCUGGCCUCUGAUCCGGAUCACUUCCUGUAUUUAAACGUUUUCACUAAACACACAGAGUACAGUCCUGGCCCAUCGUGGUCUCAGCGUGCUAACAUGCUGGUCACCAACUCGAGAGCAGGGUGAGUGAUCACCUGUCCCUUUGGACGCCUGUUUCACCGCUUUGUAAUUUUUUGUUUUGGUUUCUUUUCUCCAACAAAGAUCAACUCAUUCCAAUUACAUCGAAUGAUUAAAAAAAGGUUACUUUGCUCAUCAUGAUCGUUUUUCGUUGUUUCAGGCGGGUUUAAAAUUUCUACCUGGGAUACGUAUGAAAACUGUCCAAGCAGCAUGUUCAGGUGCUGUCAGCGUCCAACUCGGACGUGUGGGAAUGUUGGCAAUGUUUUUCUUAUUCGCACCAACUGAUUCUAACUAUUUGAUAUGACGUCUUUAUCACAGUUAACACAAACUGUGAUGAAUGGUAGUUUGUUACAAUCGCAGUGACUCCUCCACUUUAUUCCAAUCAUCCAACCGCGGUGACGCAUCGAUUCUGGAGCGCUGUCAUUCUUGUUGCCAGGAAAACGUAACACGUCAAUCACGUUGUGUUACUUUGGCAGUGCCAGCUGUGGGGUUUGAAACCAGUCCCUUCACUCAGCAGUGGAUGCAGAUCUCAGCCUGGCAGUGUUGCAUUGUGGGAGGGGAAACUGGUGGAAGUCUUUGAGAGUGAUGCAGGAAACAGAAGUAGAUGACGCCUCGCGACGAUACCUUUAGCAACAUAGUCCUAUAAGUUCUUUCCUACAAACAGUUACAUUUAACAAUCACAAACAUAUAAAUGUUACUGUUAUCAGGAUUCUCACUACAGUGCUCAUCCAUCAUCGAUGAAAUUAUGGAUUCAUGGAAAAACUGACUCUGUUUUCUUCCACGUCACACAGACCCACAAACCCUGCACAGGUCAUGUUCUCCUUUUUGUUUCUUUACGCUCUAAAGUCGAUUGUCUGAUGUCUUCAAAACUGGAGUUUGAGCCCAUUCUGCAGAUUUCUAUUACGAUCGUAAUUUUUAACGCGCGUCGAUUCAUGUCCAGAUUCUGCCUUGGAUCACCUUCACCUCUACAGAGAGACUUUAGCUGCGCUGUAUCUUAUUUGAGAUGCUUUUAGAGGCAAACAGGGUCUCUGCUAGUUAACCCCAACCCUUCCUCAACUGACCAAGUUAACUUCCCCUCAUGCUUAACCAGCUCAUGUUGCAGCGUGUAAAAUGUUUUCCUUGUUUGAUUUUAAGGAAUCUUUCAGCCAUGUAAAAGGUAAAUGGGCUGAUGCUGUUUUAUUCUACCUGAGCUUUAUACAACAACAUGUUUAUGCCAGUUUACUACAAAACAGGCUGAUCAUCAGUCCAACAAAGACUCACACAGUUUUAUUCUAAAGUCUGCAAACCUCACUGACUCUCUUUGUGUUCAGCUAACCCUGCUGCUUUUGUGCUUUGACUUCAUAGCCAACCUUUAGCUUGUCAGUGCAAAGCACUUUCCUGCAUCAGCUUUAUUUAGCCCCUCUGUUUCCCCAGCGUGUCCAAAAUAUGGCAAAAAAAUCAGAGUUACUGAAAGCACCUGGAGCGAAUCGGUGAUAAACCUUUAGAGUGUCCAGCCUGUAAAUGCACAUUGUGUGACAGCUGUAGGACACGGCGAGUUCUCACAUCAGUUUCCUGUAAUAAGCUUGGAGAACUUGUCUUGUGGUUUUACUGUUUUUCUAAAAGUAGCUCUAACGUAAGAAGGGAGAACAUACAGCAACUGUCAGGAUAAAAGAGAAUAAACUACCUGCAUGUGUGACAAAUUCCAAAGUUGAACCUUUUCUGGAAAAGCGAGGCAGUGCAAGCUGAUUGCUGUGUGCAAAGAGAGGUGCAACGUGACCCGAAGUAUUUGGUCUGACCGCGGAGGCAGAAAGAGACAGAAGUGUGUGUGUUGGGCUCUUGGUUGUAUUUUGGGAAAAACAAAUGAGAAUCUAUUUUUUUUUUUACUUUGUAUAAGCACCAUGAUGUAAUGUAAUUACCUCAAUCAAAACCUAUUUUACUGUCUAAAGUUCUAUUGUUGUAAAAUACAAAUAUUUUAUGUAGUGUAAAACCUUACAGUUUUAUAAAAAGGAAAGUAAUAUUGGUUCAGAAAUUGUUGGUAUAAAUUUUGGAUUUCUGCUCCAUCGGUUCAAAGUGUUUGGUUUUAUCUCUGAGGGCAUUUUUUGCUUUGUACGUGCGAACCCAGGAGGAGGAGGAGGAGGAGGAGCGGCAUCAGGCCACCAGCUCCGUGUGGAUCCUUGACUCUGGUCUGUGAGACGUCCUCUGCCAUUGUUCAUUUCAGUUAGACGCUUUCAUUUAUGUAGGGGAUUGUAGUUUGAGGGGCUUGUGUCAUAUUAUAGCCAGCUUUGUAAUGAAUACACACAAAAUGUGUACUAAACAAAAGGUGAAAUCUGAAAACAUUUCACGUGUUUCUUUUAAUUGGUUUGUUGAAAGGCUCAUUUUCUGUAAAUAAUUCUGAUUAAAUUAAUUUAAAGUGUU